GUCAUAUUUAACUCUCUCUCUCUCUCUCUCUCUCUUUUUCUAUCUUACACUCUAGAAUUGAUCCAUUAAGGAAGAUGGAGAGACAACAGAAUUAUCUACUUGGUUGGGUUCACCAAAACCAGUGUAAUGUAAAGAUGGAAGAGCUAAGACAUUCACUUCUUCACACAACAAUGGAGUUAGAGCAAACAAGAAUGGUUGCCCAAGAACUACUAAACUCCAAGGACGACCGGAUAAUGCAGCUCAAAGAUCUCCUCAAUAAAACUAUCAAAGAGAAAGAUGAAGCACAAGAGAGGUACAAUAAACUUCUUCUUGACCAAAAAUUCAUCUUUCAACACCAAAGCGGUGAGGAACAAGAUCCAAACAUCAACGGGUUUCCUUCAUCAGACGGUGAAGAAAGCAUUGUCUCAUCUUUUGAUCCACCUUUGCAAAUCGAGUUAAAUUUUCCGGAGAGGACACUACCGGAGAAAGGAAAGCUUUUAAAGGCGGUUUUGAAUGCAGGGCCUUUGCUUCAGACUCUGCUUUUGGCAGGACAGCUUCCACAAUGGCGUCAUCCGCCGCCGCAGCUUGAGUCAUAUGAAAUCCCACCGGUUAUUAUUCCCGAAGCGACUCCAUUGUCACAAAAUAGUUGUGGGAAUAAUCUAAAUAGGAAGAGGGUUCACUGUGAUGAGUCUAACUCCAAAAGCGAGACAAAGUACCAAAGGCUUCUCUUGCCUUGAUUGUUGGUGUACUCACAUUUUGAUUCAAGCAUCAAAGUAUGUAUAGAAAAGAUUUUAAUCUUCUUUGUAUUUUUUCCAAGGGUCAUUAAAUGCCAUAAGCAUUAGAGCUUGAAUUAUUUUCUCCCAUGUGGAUGUGGAGGUUGUUAUGGUUUGUCCAAGGGGUUAACUCAUUUCUAAAUUAGCUUGUUUGCAAACUAAUGCGGGCUAGUUUCUGACCUGCAUCAAAGUAUGACCGGUUAGGC